GCACCACUCAUUUGGAGCAUCCACGACACGAGUCAGUUGUGUGUUAAUUCUCGUCGGAGCCACAAGUGAAUACGUGAUUCGAAUUUCAAUUAACAAAUUGAUAAUCGAAAUAGUUUCACCAUGCAUGACACAAUAAGGAAUCAGUUGGAGCAAGAUGGCUACGCAGUAAUCGAAGACUUCUUGCGACCAGCAGAAUGCGACGAAUUAGCGGCAGCGGGCAUCGAACUCACCAAAAACAUACCUGAAGAUGAACAGAAAUUACCAUUUUCCACCAAAGAAGGGGAAAGACAGCAAAUAAAAGACACGUAUUUCUUGGAGAGCAAUGACAAAAUCAGAUACUUUUACGAGGUGGAUGCUCUCGGUCCCGAUGGGAAGCUCACAGUGGAUCCGACUAUUUCGCUAAACAAAGUUGGCCACGCACUACACUUGCUGCACCCGAUCUUCAGAUGUUAUACAUACAGCGAUCGAGUGAAAGCAGUCUGUCAUCAGCUGGGAUUCAAAGAACCAGCCGUGGUACAAAGCAUGUACAUAUACAAAAAUCCCGGCAUAGGUGGUGAAGUGACACCCCACCAAGACGCCACGUAUUUAUAUACAGAGCCCAUUCCACCGGUCGGCUUCUGGAUCGCUCUGGAAGACGCCACUAUCCAGAACGGCUGCCUUUGGAUGGCGAGGGGUUCCCACAAGUCGGGGGUCCACAGACGUCUCGUACGGAACCCUGACAAAGAUCCCGCUCUCAUAUUUGAUAAGCCGGAAGCUGUUUACCCUCAGUCAAGCUUCACUGCAGUUCCUGUUAGCAAAGGGACAUGUGUUCUCAUACACGGUAACGUGGUCCACAAGAGUGCUCACAACAGAUCAGAGAAAAGCCGCCACGCUUACACCUUCCAUGUUGUUGAAAAGCUAAACAACCAAUAUUCACCCGACAAUUGGUUACAGGAGGGGAAAAACGCACCAUUUCUUAAUAUUUACACCACCCAACAGGCAAUGUAGAAAAUUAAUAAAAAAAUAACCACCAAUUUAUAGACAUUGAAGUUUCGAUUUCCAUUGACUCAAGUUACUUAGCGGUCCUCAAAAGAAUUGUUAUUUUAAUAAAGUCGUAACAUUGUUGAUUACUAUGAUUGAAGAAAAAGACGUGAUCAA